CUUGGWCCAUUCCAUUUAUCGAAAUCGAAACUAUAAGUUUUACAUCAGCGAAUAAYAAACGAAAAUGUCUGGAAGAGGUAAAGGAGGCAAAGGAUUAGGAAAAGGAGGUGCCAAGCGUCACCGAAAGAUUCUCCGUGACAACAUCCAGGGAAUCACCAAGCCCGCCAUUCGUCGUCUUGCUCGUCGUGGUGGAGUCAAGAGAAUCUCUGGUCUGAUCUACGAAGAGACCCGUGGUGUYCUCAAGGUUUUUCUCGAGAACGUUAUCAGAGAUGCUGUUACCUACACCGAGCACGCCAAGAGAAAGACCGUCACAGCCAUGGAUGUUGUCUAUGCACUGAAACGCCAAGGACGUACUCUGUACGGAUUUGGCGGUUAGACGACCUGAAAACGCUCUAAAACAUCAACCGGCUUCAUUCGAAGCCAACAUAUUUGCAAAAGUCAAUGAUCAAUGCUUAAAAUAUUGCCGACUAGGCUAGCACACAAUAUAGGAAUAUAAUAUUYACACAACAGCCUACAGAUUUAGGUAGUUCGGUUUCAAUAGCAAAAUUAUAAGCAUGUUUAUUAUAUAUUGCGUCCAAAAUAUACCUKGUGAAUUAUUACCACAUACAUGGUGCGAUAUGUUAUCAUCGGCCGACUUCCGCRAAAAGCCACAGCACACAAUGUUAUAGGACUAAGAAAGUUUUAUUUUUCCUUAAUGACAAAAUACAUGACAUUCGAAAACCA